GCCACGCACUUGGGACGUCACGGGUCCCGGGUGGCUGUUCUCGGCAGUUCACCCUGGUGUAGUCGGCGGUACUUGCUAGUGGGGAUUUCUGUAUAGCACUGGGGAAAGCGGCGGUUCGGGGAGAACUUCUAGUCUGUGUGUAUUUUUAGAUAGAUGCAGCGGAAGAACCCGCGGGCUGCCGGGUCCUAGUGCCCGCUAGAUACCCGGAGCCGGGGAUUGGGCAGUGGGGCCGGCGGAGGCUGAGGCCCAAGCUAGGGUCGAAGCCGCCCGCGGGGCGCUGAUGGCCGGACGCUCCCUGCGUAAGGCGUUAGCCACGGUGUCUCUCUCAGUAGCCUUGGCCUCCGUGACUGUCAGGUCCUCAGGCUGCCGCAGUAUCCCGGCGUACAGAAACUCACUUUUAUCCUCUUGGUUUCAUCUUAACUCCAACAUCAUGUCUGGUUCUAACGGUGUCAAAGACAAUUCCCACAACAAGGCUCGGACAUCUCCUUACCCAGGUUCAAAAGUUCAAAGAAGCCAGGUUCCUAAUGAGAAAGUAGGCUGGCUUGUUGAGUGGCAGGACUAUAACCCUGUGGAAUAUACUGCAGUUUCUGUUUUGGCUGGCCCCAGGUGGGCAGAUCCUCAAAUCAGUGAAAGUAACUUUUCUCCCAAGUUUAAUGAAAAGGAUGGGCAUGUUGAGAGAAAGAGUCAGAAUGGCCUGUAUGAGAUUGAAAAUGGAAGACCUCGAAAUCCUGCAGGGCGAACAGGAUUGGUUGGCCGGGGGCUUUUGGGGCGAUGGGGCCCAAACCAUGCUGCAGAUCCUAUUAUAACCAGGUGGAAAAGGGAUAGCAGUGGAAAUAAAAUCACCCACCCUGUUUCUGGGAAACACAUCUUACAGUUUGUUGCAAUAAAAAGGAAAGACUGUGGAGAAUGGGCAAUUCCAGGGGGGAUGGUAGAUCCAGGAGAGAAGAUUAGUGCUACACUGAAAAGAGAAUUUGGUGAGGAAGCUCUUAAUUCCUUACAGAAAUCCAGUGCUGAAAAGAGAGAAAUAGAGGAACAGUUGCAUAAACUCUUCAGCCAGGAACAUCUAGUGAUAUAUAAGGGAUAUGUUGAUGAUCCUCGAAACACUGACAAUGCAUGGAUGGAGACAGAAGCUGUGAACUAUCAUGAUGAAACAGGUGAGAUAAUGGACAAUCUUGCCCUAGAAGCUGGAGAUGAUGCUGGAAAAGUGAAAUGGGUGGACAUCAGUGAUAAACUCAAGCUUUAUGCCAGCCACUCCCAAUUCAUCAAACUUGUGACAGAGAAACGAGACGCACACUGGAGUGAGGACUCUGAAGCUGACUGCAAUGGGUCAUAGCUUGUGGUCUCCGUGUGAGCCAGAGGCAAGCAAAGGAACAUGCACUGAAAAGAAGGCAGUGACAGAACUCAUGCUGUAAAAAGGCAGCGUAGCUCACUAGGAAGUAAUUUUAUUCACUUUCAAAAUGUUUGUAUUUAGAAGGUUUUUGCAUCAGAAUAAUAUGAGUAAAUAUCAUAAAAUAGAAUUUUCACCUUUCUGAUCAAAAAGAUUAGAAAUAGUUAUAUUUUGUAUGCAUUCUAUAAGCAUGGCUUAAACCAAGUUUAAUAACUGAUGCUCUUGAAGAGUUGUAGUUAGAACAAAGAUAAAUUUCCCAUCAGCUGUAACUUCUGCUUUUUCCAUCUAAUUCUUGUUCGUUAGUUCUUUUCCUCCCUCUAAACUGAGAUUUGAAGGAUGUUUGUGCCACAUCCAACUUCUUUUGGAGGAGUACUGCCAUUGGUUGUAUAGUUUAAUGUCUAAUCUGAUUUUUAUUUAAAUUAUUUUGCUUCAUAUGAUUUUGUUGAAGCUGACUUCAAAAGUGGAAACUGUAUUUUUGUCUUUGAGUCAUCCAUUUUAUAAGGAAAUUUCAGUUAUCUUGUCAAUAAAGAUCAAGACUGAUGAAUAAGAGCUCAUAUUCUCAUUUUUCAGAAAUUCUGAAUUUUAAAAAUAUGCCUAGGGGAUUAGAAAUUUAUGGAGAUUUCACUCUACUAUAACUAUUGUAUGUCACAAAUGAAUUAGAGAUGGAUGUAAAAAGGCAGGGACAGAGAGGUUGUUGUAAGUUAGAGUACUUUUUAUGAGGAAGGGAAUGUUAAGGAUUGAACUUAAUUUUUGAGAGACAUGUGGUCAGUGUAAAUCAUAGAGGAAGGAUAGGGUUGGUGUAUUAGGGUGUUUUGGAAGCAGGGAAGAGGAAAGAAAAAGAGCACUGCCUGUCCCAGUGGACAUAUCUGUCACACUCAGGCUAAGGAUUUCUAUUGGAAAGUCCUGUGAUAUUGACUCCUGACAACCUGCAGUAUGGACUGUCAGAAUUCCUUCUUCCUUCCAGUUAGAUUAUAGAUGGGACACCUAAAGAAAAGGAAGUUUGUGGAAAGAGACAUGGUACUUUUCUACAGAUAUUUGAAAAGGGUAACCAGGCUUACUCUCAUAGCUAGAGAGCAAGAUUAGGGCUAAGAUAAAACAAAAUGGUGGGAUUUUUUUUUUUUUUUUUGUCUUGAUUGUUGUUGAUUUGAUGUCAUGACUUUUUUGGUGAUAAACCCGAACUGAUCUGGAAAGAGACAUUUCUCUUCUUAGUGUAACUGUAAGUUUUGCAAAGAAAUGUUGCAGUGUUUGAUUUCAGGAUACCUUGGUCUCCUCUGGAAGAGUUAUAUUAUGAAGCUUAUUAUGAUAUUAUUCUUUUAAAAUCCAUGAAAUCCUGGUCCAUAGGAUCCUGUGCAUUGAUCACCCUCAUUUGAAUGACUUUCUCCCAGCAUGAAAGAGCUGGCUUCUACUUUUACUGUUUGACAGGAAGAAAUUGCUUCUUCCUGGCAAUAAAUAGAAUUCUUUGAAAUUGAAAUGACUAAUGAAAGCUCUCAAGAAAGUUUGAGAAAUUUUGUGAAAAUAACAUUUACUUAUUUUUUAAUAAUUUUGGUAUAUUUGAACUGAAAUAAUAAAGAUAUUAGUUUGUGUUGAAGUUUUAUUUGAAGUAUGACUGAAGCAGAUAGGUCUAUAGAUAACAUUCGUUGUGGUAUUUUAGAGUUUUCAUUAGAACAUUGACAGAGUAUAAAAAAUGAUUAAACCACUACCAACUAUAGAUAAGAUAAAUGCAGAUAGUCUUGUGAUAAUUGUAAAUAUCCAGCACCAUCUAUAAUUAAGAAAAAACAGAUUAAAAUGUUAGUUUAAGACCUUUCUGGAGGAACAUCUGCAUCUCUAUUGCUAGAUAAUGUCCCCUUCAUAUUUACUUUCCUAAUGUCUUAGAGAUAAUUAAUAUUUUUUUCUUUUAGAGACUGAAUACAAAGUAAGUAGCAAUAAUAGAUCCCAUUUACCGAAUAUCUAUAUCAUUAUUACUUAAUCCUCACAACAAUCCUGUGAAGUCACAGGACUGUUCCAUUCCAUUUUACAGAUGAAGAAAUUGAGACUUUGAAAGAUUGCCUAAGGUUUUAUUCAGUAAGGGAUAGAGCUUGAAUUCUGAUCUACCUAGUUCCAGUAUCUGUUCUCGUUUCUAUUACAUAUUAACCCUACUCAGGUUAUGAGUGUUGUGAUUUGUCACUUUAAGGAUGCAGAUAGGAAAAGUAUGUUACAUAAAUGAUACUCAUGUUAGCCAAAAUAAUGCAUAGUUUAUGACUUGAAAUUUAAGGGCCACACCUGAUUAAGCCAGCAUUGUUGAAAUUGUUUGUAUAAUUUUGGACCAAAGACAAUUUAUUUGGUGAUAUCUUAAUCUAAGAUAUCAAUAUUUGUCUUGCCAGCAGACAUUCUUGAGCUUUUGAAAGAAUUUCCAACUCAAAUAGAAGUGUAUGCUAAGUUUACUUAAGGUUGUAAUUAUCUUAAAAGCUAGACACUGGGUAGCUAUGGAGAGAAUUUGAAAAUUCUAGCAGUUUUAGAGGCUACUCUUGUUUAGAAGUGUAAAUUAUGCUUAGGACUUCUGGUGGCUAUUGUUUUCUCAAAUAUUUCAGGAGUUUUAAUAAAUAAACUAAUUUAAAAAUA